AUGUCUGACCGGAUCUUCUACAUUAAUUCUAACUUAUCCUCUGUCCCCUGGGAGGGCUGCACUGCAGCACCUGCGCCUCCCACUUCUCCUCCUAUACGUGGUUACUGCCAUGUCCUCUACCGAGGGCGUGGAGAAGCUCGGGUGAGCUGGCAUGGGGAGACAUACUGCCUGGUUGGCGGCUACCGACUCUACGGGGAUGCUCCUUUGGCCACACCAGCAAAGGCUGAAGCAGAGAAGCCAGCCCCCAGACCCCGCAGCCCAGCUCCCAAGAAAUGCCAGGCCCCUAAGAGAUGCCAGGCUGUGACGGGCAAAGAGUUAAAUUGCCCUAGCCCAAAAAUUCACCGCUUGCAGUGUGGUGGCAGAAUGCAGACUCAGAAGAAGGCUGCUGGCUGA